UGUGGAGCCGAGCCGAGCCGAGCCAGAUUCGCUCUUAUGCUAUGCUAGUGGCGACCGGCAAUACCCCUCUCUCUCUCUCUCUCUCUCUCUCUCUCUGCCAAACAAAAUCAUUGACCUCAAGUCCUCAACCCCCGUCACGCAGCGCCUAUACCCUCUCCGCCUCCGUCUUCUCCUUCCUCGAUCCUCAUCCAUUCCAUCUUAACCCAAUGUCACACUUUGUAAAUUUUCGGCUUUUCUCACUUUUCCACACAGUCAAAACCCUUCCUUUCUCCACCCACCAAACGGGCACGGUUGAUACCCUCUGCACCCAUCUCCACCAAAGCAAUGGCAGUUUUGAGAAUUCAUUGUCUAAGGUUAAGCCAAAACUCAACUCUCAAUGUGUCAUCCAAGUCCUCAACUCAUGCCAUCCCAAACAACCUCAAUUGGGUGUCAGGUUUUUCGUUUGGGCUGGAUUUCAAUCGGGCUACAGGCACAGUGCUUACAUGUACACGAAAGCUUGCAACUUGCUUGGGAUUCGUCACAAUCCCCACAUUAUUCGUGAUGUCGUUCGCUCUUAUGAGGCUGAAGGAUGUUUAGUCACUGUCAACAUGUUUAGGGAGGUGCUGAAGCUGUGUAAAGAAGCUCAGCUUGCUGAUGUGGCUUUGUGGGUGUUGAGGAAGAUGCAAUACAGUUUCAACCUCCAUGCUGACACUGUGAUGUAUAAUGUGGUUAUAAGGUUAUGUUGCAAGAAGGGUGACAUUCAAAUGGCCGAGAAGUUAACGAGAGAGAUGAGUUUUAAUGGUCUUUGUCCUGAUCUUAUUACCUAUAUGGCAAUAGUUGAGGGAUUAUGCCAUGCAGGUCGAUCUGAGGAUGCUUACUCUGUGCUUAAGGUUAUGAGAGUACAUGGAUGUUCGCCCAAUUUGGUGAUCUUAUCGGCCAUUUUAGACGGCAUGUGUAGGUCUGGAUCCAUGGAUAGGGCAUUGGAGUUGCUGGAUGAAAUGGAGAAAGGUGGGGAUUGUACUCCAAAUGUUGUUACUUAUACAUCUGUGAUUCAAAGUUUCUGUAAGAGAGGCCAGUGGACGGAAGCACUUGAUAUUCUAGAUAGAAUGAGAGCUUUAGGGUGCAAUGCAAAUCAUGUCACUGUUUUUACUUUUGUUGAAAGCCUUUGUGCUGAGGGUCGUGUGGAAGAAGCUUAUGAGUUGAUGGAUAAAUUUGCGGUGGAACAUGGUGUUUCGUAUGGUGAUUGCUACAGUUCACUUGUGAUUUCUUUGAUAAGGAUUAAAAAGCUGGAGGAAGCAGAGAAGCUCUUCAAGGAAAUGCUUGCUGGUGAUGUCAAACUGGAUACUUUGGCAUCUAGCCUUUUGCUAAAGGAGCUCUCUGUGAAGGACAGGGUAUUGGAUGGAUUCUACUUGCUUGAAGCAAUUGAGAAUAAGGGAUGCUUGUCUUCCAUUGACUCUGAUAUUUAUUCUAUUCUUUUAAUUGGACUUUGUCAAAGAAGCCACCUGACGGAGGCCACAAAGCUGACCAAGAUAAUGCUCAAGAGGUCGGUUCUGCUACAACCUCCAUACAAAGAUGAUGUAAUCGAUAUCCUGUUAAAAUCUGCAAAAAGAUCUUGUGAACCAGUUGAUUGGCACACAUAAGGGACUUUGAUGAUUAAAUGUUUUUUGAAAGAGGUCACAUCCAUUGUUUAGCUGCUGCAUCUGUUCAUACGUUUGCAUUGCAUAACAGUAACAGUAAGGAUUGGUUCUGUGAUGUAGGCUGAUACGUGGUUCAUUUCUUCCCCUUGUAGGUGACUAGGUAUUUGAGAACAAUAUGCUUGCCUGUAUCUGUUUUGCUAAACGCAUUAUUCUCUAGAUUCUGUUUAAUAGUGAUAAAUUGUUAAACCCAUUUUCCUUAUACGAAUUAAUGGAACUUCUGUUCUUUGAUGUACAAAUGAUAAUGAGUCAAGAAUAAAAUGGCUGAAAUAUUUUUGUCCUA